AUGGUCAAGGUUCUUCUCGUUCUGUACGAUGGUGGUCAGCACGCCCGUGAUGUGCCGGAGCUUCUGGGCACGACGGAGAACGAGCUGGGGAUCCGCAAGUGGCUCGAGGAUCAGGGCCACACGCUGGUGACGACCUCGGACAAGGAGGGCGAGAACUCUACGUUUGACAAGGAGCUGGUCGAUGCGGAGAUUAUCAUCACGACGCCAUUCCACCCUGGCUACCUGACGGCGGAGCGUCUGGCCAAGGCCAAGAAGCUGAAGCUGGCGGUGACGGCGGGCAUCGGAUCGGACCACGUGGACCUGAACGCGGCCAACAAGACGAACGGCGGGAUCACGGUGGCGGAGGUGACGGGGUCGAACGUGGUGUCGGUGGCAGAGCACGUGGUGAUGACGAUCCUGGUGCUGGUGCGCAACUUUGUGCCGGCGCACGAGCUGAUCGAGGCGGGCGAGUGGGACGUGGCAGCCGCGGCCAAGAACGAGUACGACCUGGAGGGCAAGGUGGUGGGCACGGUAGCGGUCGGCCGCAUCGGCGAGCGCGUCCUCCGGCGUCUCAAGCCGUUCGACUGCAAGGAGCUGCUCUACUACGACUACCAGCCGCUGUCGCCCGAGAAGGAGGCCGAGAUCGGCUGCCGUCGCGUCGACACGCUCGAGGAGCUCGUCGCCCAGUGUGACAUCGUCACCAUCAACUGCCCGCUGCACGAGAAGACGCGCGGCCUGUUCAACAAGGAGCUCAUCGCCAAGAUGAAGCCCGGCUCCUGGCUCAUCAACACGGCUCGCGGUGCCAUCGUCGUCAAGGAGGACGUCGCCGCUGCCCUCAAGACUGGCCACCUCCGCGGCUACGGCGGCGAUGUCUGGUUCCCCCAGCCCGCUCCCAAGGACCACGUCCUCCGCUACGCCAAGAACCAGUGGGGCGGCGGCAACGCCAUGGUCCCCCACAUGUCCGGCACCUCGCUCGACGCCCAGCAGCGCUAUGCGGCCGGCACCAAGGCCAUCCUCGACAGCUACCUCAGCGGCCGCUUCGAUUACCGCCCCGAGGACCUCAUCGUCACCGGUGGCGACUAUGCCACCAAGGCGUAUGGCCAGCGCGAGAAGAAGUAG